UGCCUGCGCCCCUCACGUUGUCGUCACAUGAGAGCUCACAGUACUUCUUCUCUACUUCUUCCCCACCUCCUCCCCUCCUCUCUCUCCUAACCCGUGAAUCCAUGGCAUUCACAGCCUCCUCCCUCCUCGCCGCUCUGCUCUUCCUCAUAUCCAUCUCCUCCCUCGCCGGCAAUGCCAAUGCCCAAGUGGAUCCCGGCAGCCUCCAUCUCAUCACCGACUCCAUCGACUGGCCCGGCGCCGCCUUCGCUUACCCCUACUCAUUCGGCUCCGAUCCCGACGAGGAUAUCACCGGAGAUGCCGACGAAAGCGGAUUCCAACGGCGCUCGCUCUUCCGGCGCCGGCGACACCUCGCGCACUACUACAUCUCGUACGGCGCCCUAUCGGCCAAUCGCGUUCCCUGUCCGCCUCGCUCCGGCCGAUCCUACUACACCCACAACUGCUACCGCUCGAGAGGGCCCGUUUACCCUUACACUCGCGGAUGCAACGCUAUUUCCCGUUGCCGCAGGUGAUCCGACAUCUCUUGAUCUCUCUUUCGGUCCGAUUUGUUGGUUCUUUCAUCUUUGUUCGGAAUGUGGCUUGUUUGGACUCUCUGUUUGUCGAUUUGGGAACGUUGGGUGGUAGAAUUGCUAGUUGCUGCUUGUGUGAGUUUCUCUGUGUUUGGUUCUUUUCAGUUAUUGGAAUAUGUUGAAUUUCUUCGAUUCUUCUUCUACAUAUGGUUUGAUUAAAUAUAAAUAAAAUGACAAUUAAAAUGUUGUAAUAUUU